AUGAACCCCGCAACACGAUUCUAUGGCCUCCUUGAAUGUCUACGACCGAUCAGGCCAAAAGAGAGCUGUAUAUACCAAGUGCUGUGUUUUCGACGAUACAACUCACACAACUGUCUUGAACAGAAAUAUAGGAACAGCUUGAAAAGCUGGAACCAGGCCAAACUAAGCGAAGUUGAUAGCAUUCAUGAUCCUGCAGAAGUUAGAACACUCGCGAAACCCGUGUCUGCGACAGCAGUCCUGGGCACAUUCGACUCAGCUGCUGAUGCGGAAAAGCUAAAGAUGCAGAAUGAGAUAAGAAGCGCCUUUGCAUCCCUUCCUCGACUGGUCAAAGAUUUAUCUGAGCUUGAAAGCCUGGAGCGGUAUCAUGACAUACAUCAAUUGUUCAAAACACACAAAUCCAUUUUACCUACCUUGAAAAAAGAUUUUUCGAUCGAUCUCUAUUCAGCCUUCCUCAGAAUCGUGCUCAAAGCCGAGUUCGCGUUGCGCAAUUAUGUUGUGUGUGAAUCGUUGUUUUCAGAAUACAUCAAGAUUCCCAAUAUAGAACCCGGAAUUGUUGACAUUGGACUCGUUACGUUUUUAAAAAACCGAAAUCUUCCACUCGCGAAAGAGUUUUAUGUUCAAAUCUUGAAAGAUCCCGACACUUUCCCGCUAUCUCCCCGCACCUUGCAUGUAUUUGCCCUGGAGGUAUUUAAAGUCUCUGAUUUAGCUCUGAUGAAGCAAGUCAUUUUCUCAUGGCUCGAUAGUCCUCAGCUUUCAAGUCUAACACCGUUGAGCGAGACAUUUUCACUCUUCCAUCAGCUUCUUUUCAAAUAUGAUGAUAUUGACGGCAUUUCUCGUUUUCUUACGCAUCCACGAGUUCUCGCUUCAGGCUAUGAGACUAGUGACGAUUUUGCGCUUUGCUCAUUUCACCAAAGCUUACUCAUAGGCGAACUUGGAAGUGUUGAGGAAAUUGAUGAAUACUUGCAAAAGGUGUUCGAAACGACACAGAACUCAAGAAGGCUCAAUUUUUACAUGGAGGUUAUCGAAUUUGGUAUUUCGAAAAACAAGUUUUCUUUGGUUCGAUUCGCUACGGCGAAAGCUCAAAAUGACGCCUCGGUGGAGCUUACAGAUGAAUUUCACAUACGCGUGUGCCGCUACUUUGUCAAAAACGGCCUACUCAAUGCCUUGGUGCAAUACUUGACACGCAUUGUGAUAAAAUCUUCAGGAUGCCAUAUUAACCACGUAUACGUUGAACAGCUUUGGUGCUGUGCUGUGAAGAAGUACCCGAUUUUGUUCAAGGAAUUCACCAACGAUUUUUGCUUGCUGUUAGAUCAGGAGAAGGCCAACAUCAGUCAAAGUGAGUGGGGUCAUCUUGUAAGCGAUAAAAUAAGGAUAUCCUCUUUCAAAGUCGAAAACAGCAAAAGAGCUAGUAACAAGUACGCUGCCUUAAGUUCACACUUCAGUCCAGAGUGUGCCAAAGCGAUACAGGAAGCCUUUGUGAGCGGUGAUGCGACGAGUGCCCGGACCAAGAUGCUUAGUGAGCUUCAGCACGGGAUAAAGCCCAGUUUUGCUGUACUAUACUUGCUGCUAAAAUUCUUUAUGGAGGAAAGCCUCGAAGCCGCAAGAAUAGUAGACCAAAUAAUGCGGGAGACAUAUCCGAAAAUUCCAAUUAAAGUGGACAUUCUAUGGCUAAAGUAUAACGCAAUACGGUCUGCUAAUUUCAUGGAUAGAAACAGUGUCGUACCAGCCGUUGAGCUUGAGGCCUCUCAGAUAGAAAUCACAAAAGUUAAAGACUUCGAAAGAGAACGCCGUAUGCAUCUCAACUUUCAGAACUACAUGCAGCUCUCUAGUAUUUCCCUUGUACUAAGAGACGCAAAGACUGCAGUCCACAUGCUAGAGCGCGGUAAAAAGCGCAUGGAUCCUUCGAAUGAGAGAGACUGGUACAUUUACUACUCGAGCGCACUGAAAGUACAUACUCGGGCCCGAGAUCCCGUCAAAUUUCUGCUGCUUUUGCGGGAAUGGAACAACAACGACAGUGCUCAGCUCAUAACUCGUGAUAGUCUACGCUCUUGCAAAGGUUUUGUCAAAUACUUUGCGAAGCAUGCGUGGCCGUAUGAGCAAACGAUAACUAGACGCGACAUCAUGGCUCAAAUCGAUAGGGAACUAGACGCACUUCUGGCAAGAUACGUCAACUACAAAUUUCAAGGCCUCAAUGAUAUGCGCAUGGUAUCGCAUUUUCUCAGAGACUGGAUCAGUACUGAUUUGCGCAGCGAGCUGUACUGCACGUCAGGUCAAAGUCUGGACGAUGGCCGAAAACUUUCGAAAAAGUAA